GACAUCCGCCAAUCCGCCAGCUGGAGCCGGAGCUGUUUAUGUUGUUUACUUUUCUAUUUCUAGAAUAAAUAAUAUAAUUUAUUACUUUAUGGCUUUGUUUAAGUUAUAUUUUGAAAGAACUUCAAGUCGAUAAAAGUUUCUAUGUCAAUAAUUUAUCAAAUUCAGUUUACAUUAUUAUUAUUGAGGUUACAAUAACAACAGAAUGCUUCCUUCUGCUAGAGAGAGAAUUGACAGUAAGCAUAACUUCUUCAAGAGCUACUUCUUGAUUUGCAAGUUGAAUAAUGCUGUACCCAGAUUAAAGAACGACCAAAGCAUGCACCUGGAGUUUUUCAGUGAUAGGAUUCGAGCAGAGGACUGGCCGUGUAUCAUCAAAGCUAUAGCAUGUGAUCAAUCCUUAAAGACUGUCAAAAUUCUAAAUUACAGUUUAUUCAAACCAGGUGUGCUGAGACAGAAAACAAUCAACAAUACAGAAAUUCUUUCAAAACUUAUAACUGCAUUGAGUAAAAUGGUGUCAAACAAUAAACUUCUAGAAAGCCUGGAACUACAAUGCUUGAAUCUUAAUGAGAAGCACAUGAGUGUGCUCACUAAGGCGUUGAAGUCGAAUAGUUCCAUUCAUAAAUUGGGAUUAUCACAUUGCAACAUUGGAGAUGAAGCAUGCAAGAUACUAUUCAACGCACUGCGUUACCAUCCGAUUGUGAAUGAAAUAGAUUUGUCAUCCUGUAAUAUAACAGAAAUUGGUGCUGAUUGUAUAGCUCACACAUUAAAGGUCCAAUCAAGUUUUCGGCAAGCUGAAUGUUGGGAGCAUUCCUUGAGGUAUCGUCAGCCAAGCCUCAAAGCGAACCAUGGCAUUCGAAAAAUACAUUUGGAUGGAAACACUGAACUUGAAGAUUCAGGCUUCAUUUCUAUUAUGAAUGCUAUUAUUGACGACAUGUGGAUUCUGGAAAUAAGUUGUAAAAACUGUGGUCUGACGAAUAUAUCGGCAGAAAAAGCAGUUGAUGCAGUUCAAAAAAGUAAAUUAUCACGCCUGGAUAUAAGGCAGAAUUUGUGUGUUGAUUCAGAAUACAUUUCCAUGAUUGAGAAGAUUUUGAAACCCAAUUAUGGUAGUGUGCCGUGUGCAUCUCCACAGCCUUGCUCAGAAGAUAUACAAGUGAAGAAACAUUAUGCCAAUAACUGUUCGGACUGGAACUCGAAUUAUGAAUCGACUGAUUGCCCAAUAUUCUCCAUGAAUGAGUUUAAGAACAACAUGUUCCCGGUUAAUGUUCCACGAUUGAAAUUGCCAGGAAAGAAAAGAUUGAACGAGCUAAUCAUGUAUGACAGUCACUCUUUCGAGAAGAAUGAUGGAAAUUCGACUCCUUACACGGAAAAUGGAUCCAGUUUGCUAUCAGCCAAUACAAAUGCAUUGUGUGAUGAUUCUAAUAUUGUAGACAACAGCAGGACAUCCAGUCAGAAAUUUGUGUUGGUUGAAAAAGAACCAUUUGAAACUAUGAUUUCAAGUUUCAAGCAUCUUGUGAACGGAUUUAAUGAAGCAAAGCGUGCUGGAUUGAACGAGUUUGUUGAUGAUGUUAGCGACAGCAAAAUAAAAAACUCAUUUUCUUUAAUAGAAAAACUAUUGAGUGUGAUGGUGUUCGAUUCAAGUGAAAUAGGCCUACCUGUUUCUGAAAGACCACGAUCUCAUCAAUUUGUGAAGAUUGAGAAAGAAUCUCUGGAAUCAAUGAUUUCCAGUUUCAAAAAACUUGUUACAACAUUCAAUGACCUCAAACAUGCUGGAUUGCACGAGAUGAUUACCGAUGCAAAUAUACCUUUGAAAAAUCAUAAACGACAAUCUCCUUAUUGAGAAUGUCAAGAAAGUUGCCGAUAUCAACGAGCAUAAUAAAAAUACAAGAAGUAAACUUACAAUGUCUCACGAAGGAACAGCUCAAGGUUGCAAGGUUCGCCCAAACGCAACUAUGAUACCGGUAAGCCAACAAUAUUCUACAAGAAAGAACCCAAAAUAUUUGCUUGGAACUUUUGAAAAAACGUGAUAAAGACUGAAACAAGAUAGCAAAAGAAAUAUUAAUUUGAUGUUAGUUUCAUAAUGAUUAAAUAUAUAUUUUUCUAGAUUUAUUCAAGAAAUCAUUAUCAUAGAGAUUUUGUAUUGUAAAUUACAUUUCAUCAGUGUGUUGUUUAUUGUUUGGUGUUAAAAGGAAUAAAAUAAAGUUAAUAGGU